AUGCAGGACCGUCAUGAACUCGUCCAAGCCUACCGUCAGCUCUAUAAGCAGGCAUUGCGAGCAUGUCAAUACUCCAAACCAUCACGUUACGUGAUGCGAGACAGGAUUCGCAAUGCCUUUCGUCAUGGCCGUAGCGAGGAGUUCGACAAGGGUAAGGUCGAGCGUACAGUGAUGUUCUUGCGACACGCAGCUAGCCACAGAGGACUGGAGCAUACGAUCCAGAAAAACCUUUGCCACGUGUGGUGGGAGCGGGAGAAUAAAGUUCGAGAACAUGGAGACCGACGAUCGUGUGUGCUGAGUGGUUUUAUCAGGCGCUCAGAUAUUCGAGAGCUGCGCAAGCAUGCAUAUGCUGAGUUCGACCGUACCAUCGAGCGACUGAAUGAGAGCAUGGGCCUUUGCAUUAAGUGA